AGCCGUGUCUGGCCGAGUUCAUGGAGAGACACAGCGGUGAUGUCAUUCAGCGAAGUUAAACUGAGCGGCCCCGAACAGAGGCGGUGAGAUUUUGUUACCCUCCGCACACUUUUAUUUUCCUGCUGAAGUCUGCGGACCGCGGCGUAGCGCACUCUCCGAGGACUAAAUGUUCCCGGACGCUGGACACUGAGGGAACUUUGUGGGAAAUAAGCCCCGACCCGAGAGAGAAAGAGAGAGAGAGCGAGCUGCGUUUGGGAACUUUUGAGCUUCUGAAUCAAAAUGAACCGCAGUUUCAAUAAAUCGCAGCCUUUGCGCCAUUUGGAACUGGAUGCGGUGGAAGUGAAGAGCAAGUAUGGGGCAGAGUUCCGCAGGUUCUCCGUGAACCGCGCCAAACCGGGUAAGUUUGAGGAAUUCUUCAAGCUGAUCAUGCACAUCCACCGCAUCGCUAACAUGGAGGUGAUGAUCGGAUAUGCGGACGUCCACGGAGACCUGCUGCCCAUCAACAACGACGAAAACUUCAGCAAGGCCGUGUCCACUGCACACCCGCUGCUGCGAAUCUUCAUCCAAAGACAAGAGGAGGUCGACUACAGCAACUUCGGCACCAACACACUGACCCGGAAGAAGAAGGCCGUCGUCACACUUCGCAAUGACCUGAACAGGAAGCGGCCGCACAUCCGCAUCGGCAUGCCUCAGGACUUCCGGCCCGUGUCCUCCAUCAUUGAUGUUGACAUCCUGCCGGAGUCGCACCGCAGAGUCCGGCUGUACCGUCACGGCUCGGACAAGCCUCUGGGCUUCUACAUCCGCGACGGCACCAGCGUCCGCGUCACUCCGCACGGCCUGGAGAAAGUUCCAGGAAUCUUCAUUUCCCGCAUGGUGCCCGGGGGCAUGGCGGAAAGCACUGGCCUACUGGCGGUCAAUGAUGAGGUGCUGGAGGUCAACGGCAUCGAAGUUUCAGGCAAAACCCUGGACCAAGUGACGGACAUGAUGAUCGCCAACAGCCACAACUUGAUUGUGACGGUGAAGCCAGUGAACCAGCGCAACAACGUGGUGCGCAGCAGCCGGAUUUCCGGAAGUUCAGGCCAAUCGUCUGACAGCAGCGGCUCAGGAAGCUUCCCGGUCAUUACACAUUCGCCAUCCACGGCCACUGUCGCCCAUGGUUACGGCCAUGAUGAUCUAGACAGCGACGAAGAGUCAGACAUCGUCAUAGAAAGCAGCGUAAGCCGCCCGUCUCGCCGUUCCAACGCCUCCCAAAAUCAGCAGACAUCCUCCGCCGCCCCGUCUCCUCCCAGCCCCCCAACCAGACCCCAAACCAGACCCCCUUCGGUCAUAUCCACGGCCUCAUUCCACUCGCAGCCCAGCCUGAACGGCACGGGCCACAGCAGCCUGAGCUACAGGCUCCAAAGGGACCUGAACCUCCAGCAGCCGCACUACCACAGUGCCAGCACCAGAGAGAGCAAUGGCAGCCUGCACAAAAUCCUCAGCAGCCUGAGAACGGACCCACGAAACAGCCUGGCUCUGCCCCCUGGAGGAGUGGAGGAGGACGGCAUGGUCAUCACCUUAUAAUACGGUCCACACUCUGAAGACUCGCUCUUAAAGUGAUAGCUUGAGUAAAAUCACGUUUACACAGUUUGUCCUCGGAUUCCAAUUGUAGUCGAUCAGCGAAGACAUGUUUGGUUUGCUUCUUUAAUUUUGCACUGGAGCUACGAGGCUAAUGUAGCUAACAAGUAAUGGAAGCUUGUACCCCACCAAUUAGCAUCAUACAGAUUGUGUGCCUAGAUCAUCCCAAACUUGUCUCAGACAGUCUUAAGCAAGUCUAUUAGAGAUUACUUAUGUACUGUUGUAUAUAAACAUGGUACACUGCAUGUCUGAAAACAACAGUAAUGCUGUGUUUACCUGUUGACAUUAAAAAACCAGCAACAUCCAAUCAACAUCCGCCACGGUCCACGGCAAAAGUUGGGAAAACAGGACUGUUGACGGACCGCUGCAGCCACCAUAGCGGAAUUUUCCAUCACUGCUCCUUUGAAAACAAGGAAACAUCCAGGUUUUCAUUGUCUGUCUACUGUAAUAAUGUAAACACAGCAUAACAGCCAUUUUAAAGCCUGGAUUUUCAUGCUUUUGUUUUAUACUACGUAAAAAGUAAAGAAGCAAACUUCAGACUUCAGACAUGUCGUAUCUGAUCGUCUGUAUUUGGGCCAAGUGGAGAAAUUCUAUAGACUAGAUUUUUAUCAAACUAUCACUUUAGGUCUCUCUCUUAUAUAAACACAAACACAUUCGGGUCAUGUGAUCUGACCACCCAGAGACUUCGCUUCACAGCCUGGGACGACAGACUCAACGUUGAACCUCACUGCUUUCUUAAAAAGGUUUUUUGUACAAAGACUAAUUUAACACAUUCUCGUCUUUUACUCGUUCUUAAAAUAAUGUUACCUUUAAGUAUGCAGCCAUGUCUUCUUAUCUGUCUUAUCAGUCUUAUAUGUUGGGGAUGCAUGGGGAGU